AUGCCUGUGGUCUUAGCUCAGUGUUUCUAUUCAACAUGGCACAUUGCAAGGCGCAGAUGCACUACAAGGGGUGAAGUGAAUCAGCUCGAAUCAUCAAAAGAUGCGGAUGCAGCAAUAGCUUCGGCAAGCAUGCCAACAAUGGGUGGAGAUAUCGACUGGGACGACACCAGUAUUCUGGAAGACAUCAGAGGCGUCUUGCAUGCGGAGCUUUCGCCAGGUAAAGGGCCUAUGCAGACGGGAAACAACAACUUCUUGCCGGUUCAUACACUUUUUCGUGCACUUGGGCCAAUGCUGAGGUUGCAGUUGCAGAAUUCCUCAUUUGGGGCGCUCGCUAGGGCGCUGAAGAGCAAGCCAAACUGGUUUGCUCUUAGUGACGAUGGCUCCCAGGUGAGACUCACGGAAGAGGCUUGGUCCUACCUCCCGAGUCACCAAGGUACAGAGGGAAUUAACGAAAGCAACGUUGCUGGCCAGCCACACCAUGAACCUCGUCCCCCGAACAUCGCCGUUGUAGGGGGCGUCACGGAAACUUCCCCUCUUGGGAAGCAAACGGGUUUUCUCACAAAGCGUUUUGUAUUGGUUCGGGGAUGCUUUAUUUCAACUCCAGUAGAUGUCUCAAAGCCACCAGUCGCCUCAACAGAGCUCGAGGCGUGGAAACUCAAUCGCCUUGUUCUCCCUCUCACCUUGCAUUUCCUUUUGGACAGGGAGCCAGUAACUUUUUUUCCAUAUGGAGAAAAACCGCAAUGUUUGUCACCCGAUUUAGCAGAGCUCGAAAAACUUUAUGUCUCGAAGGGACUUUUCCCACCCUCUGAGGUGGCUGCCGCAUUUGUGCACAUCACACCCACUUUUUUUGUGGAAACCCGCCAUGUUCUUGUGGCGAUGUCUCCAGACGUGGCUCAGCGCCUUGAACGUCUAAUCCCGAAGGAUCGUGUCGUAGAUGGUUUCUUUAAGAGGUAUCCCAUGAUUUUUAAGCUUAAGCAGGGCAGGGCUCAGAAAGCUGCGGUAAAACUCAACUUGGAUUUCAGCUUUAUUCGGGAUUAUCCUGGGUGUGGAGUAGCAGAUCGCUUGCUGCGUCGCUACAAUCAGGAGUACCGGGCGACGGUAGGCGGGGUUAUCUCUCGACCACUGCCCUCCUCUUCUGCUGAAACAGGUGCACAGGGUCGUCGUGUGGAGUCUCAUGUUGACGUUAAAAUUUUUGAGAUUCUCGUGAGAAAUUUGCCUCGGUUUCCGACGGAAGCAUCACUUUCAAGACAGGAACUUGAGGAGAAGCGUUGUGAGCCAUUUCCAUUAGUAGAGUGGAUUGAUAGCUUUUCGCAGGAGGAUUUGGAUGUAUUGAAUAGUGUCCCACAACAGCGCGUGUUAACAUUACUGACGCGUUAUUCACAUAUCUUUCAAUUGAUUUGUCGAGGCGAGGAUUCAAACUUGUUUGCAGCGCACCAGGAUCUAGAGGUGUUAAGGAACUCAAGCUACAAACGGCGCAUUCCCCAGGGUGGUGAAACUAAGGAUAAUGUUGCAUUACCUUCAAAUUCGGAGUUUCUGUGUGACUCACAGGAUACUCCUCACACGCAUACUUUGAUGGAGGGGCAGGAAGGUGCACAAAACGCUGUGACAGACACUUCUCACAUGUCGGGCGCCGAAAGACAACGACGGGAGGCGGAUAUAGCUGCGGCAGUAAGGGAUGACUUGCUUGGUAUGGAUGACAUUCUCAGCGGCAGCGCGGAGUUCGUGUCAACGCCGCCACGAGAAGGAGCAGAUACGGAGCUGAGUGACACGUUGGAUGCUGCUGGAGAUAAGAUUCAUGUCGCGGAGGGUGAGAAGGAGGGUGAUCUCUUUACAGAGAAAGAAGUUGAGGCGAAAGCGGAUGAUGGUGAUGAUGAUGAAGAGCGGACAGUGUUAGGGGAGCCUGGGAGAGAUGCCGUUAAGAAGGAUACACCGAGCCCGGUUACAUUAGCCAUCGAUGAAGAAAGUGACGGCCCGUAUAUUCCCUCUCGGUAUGAAAUUAUUUAUGUACGACGUCUUCCAAAACGAAUUGCACCACGAAGUCUGAGUGAUUACAAUGCCACCAAUUCUCCUGAGCCGGAGUUAUUGCGGCACAUUGCUUCGUUUCUUAAUCCACCUCCAUCCUUGCAGGAAGCAAAGCGGCUGAAGCUGCAGUUGGGGACGAACGCGUCUGCUGGAGCUAUCUUUUCUAGAGGAGGUAAUUCUGGUCCAUGGCGAUGGGUGCCGAUUCAGCGCAUUUACGCUUCUCUCAGUAGAGAGCAAAAACGUUUGUUAAGGCCUUUGAAAGGGCUUGUGCACUUUAUGCGGCUUCAUGGGGAGAUCUUUGAGCUAAGUAUGGACUUUUUGCAUGUUAUUGCUCAUGAUCCGGAGGGGCAGAUUCCACCGUUUGUUCCAACACAGACGGUGUUCCACAGUGAGGAUCGUGUGCUUCUUCCACAAACAUUUGAUGAUGAUGAAAAAUCAAAGGCGUCGCUGAUAGCGGAUUCGGAACGAGAUAAGUUUGAGCGUAUUCUUGGUGCCAGCCAAAUUCCAACGGAUCGUCGACAGUUGCUGCUUCUUGACCCGUUGAACCCGUUGCUACAUCAUGAGAUACUAUGUGAGGAGGUUUCUUUUUUUAUGCCUGACCACCCUGUCUCACACCAUCAGUUACUGACGCGUUUACCACCCAUUUUGAAGGCGGCACUUUCUUUACGACACAAAAACAACUUUAAGACGAGUAAGCAUUUGACGGUGUGGACGGAUGGCAACCGCAUGAUGCUACAAAAGAGUCAAUUGGCUGUACCUGAUUCGGCACGGAUGGACGAGGAAACUAUCCCAGUGGAGGACGCUAUUGAGGCGUUGCGUGAGGUGAUACCGGAUGAAGGUGUGUUGGUAGGGUAUCUGAGCCGUAUGCUCCCCUACGCCGCUAAAAGGACGUUAAAAACGCACUUUGGAAAUAUCUACAAUGCCUUGCUUGGGUAUCCACAAUACUUUUACAUUGAGAAGGUGGUAGAGGGAGGUCGAGCAAACAGUACGGUUUUUCUUGUUGAGCGGCUUCAAGAAGAAUAA